AUGCUGGUUGACGUCAGCAUUGCAGUACGUGCGAACGAUCCAGGUGCCGUUCCAUGCCUGCUACAGAAGCUUUCGGAAUUCGGGGGUAAACCCUCUGUUGAUCACAAUGAUACUCGUAUGGCAAUGCUUUCGCACGCCAAAGCUCUUGUCAGGGCGUUACAGACUCCCCGCGAAACCAUGAUUGAACAGAAUUGGGCGCAGCCGGGUUGCCAUACUGCCAUCACAACUUGCUAUAAUGCAGGUGUGUUCGGAGUGCUCGGAGACCAACCGAUGAAGGUCGAUGACAUUGCAAGCAAGCUCGGGAAGCCUCGCGAGCUCUUAGCCAUGGGUUUCAUCACUGAGACAAAUAGUGAUGAAUACAAGGCCACAAACUUUUCGAAAGCAUUGACCAUACCUAUCAUUGGAGAUGGCUACCCAGCCCUUGCUGGUGGAGCCCAUGAGUCUUGCAGCAAAUUCUCACAAUAUUUGGAGAAGAACAAUUACGAACUCACUACCGAUAUCACAAACGGACCAUACCAGUACGCAUUCGGGACGGAGCUCGAUAUGUUUCGGUAUCUGGAUACCCAUCCGCCUUUGGGACAGCAAUUCAAUAACCACAUGGGUGGCUAUCGGCAGGGUCGACCAAGUUGGAUGGAUAGCAACUUUUACCCAGUUCAAGAGCAGCUCAUCCGUGGCAUGGACACCUCCAAAGACGCUGUACUAUUGGUAGACAUCGGCGGAGGCUACGGUCAUGAUAUCCAAGAGUUCAGAAACAAGUAUCCUCAAGUCCCUGGUAGGCUUGUGCUACAGGAUCGCCCGUCCGUUAUCGAAGGAAUUGAGCAACUGGAUCCCAUCAUCGAACGUAUGGAGUACGAUUUCUACCUCGAACAGCCAUUAAAAGCGGCUCGAGCAUACUAUAUGCACUCCGUGUUGCACGACUGGCCCGACGAUGUGUGCAGGAGCAUUCUGAAGCAGGUUGCCGGCGCCAUGAAGCCAGGUUACAGCAAACUGCUGAUCAACGAAAACGUCAUUCCAGACACGGGUGCAGACUGGCAGGCCACCGCCUUGGAUAUGAUGAUGAUCACACUCUUUUCUUCAAAAGAGCGGACGUAUACCCAGUGGAGCCAGCUGUUGGAGUCACCCGAGAUUGGUCUUAAGAUUGUGCGUGUUUACAGUGUCAAACAUUCGCAGGAGAGUCUGAUUGAGUGCGAACUGGCGUGA